AGGAGAAGAAUUAUUUUUUGCAGGACAGCCUGAGAAGUACUUUACAACUCAUCGCAGAGAAGGAGAGAGAGAGAGGGAGAGGGAGAGGGAGAGAAACGAAACCUAGACUUUACUUGCAUGUUUCGUAUUGUCUCUCUGGCUUGAAUCCCAUCAUGCCAAUCGAUCCCUCCUAUCUAUUGCCAUAGUUCAAUCUGUCGGACGCUGCGGUCUCUUCUUCGAGUUGGGAUCUCAGCACAAAGGAGAGGAAGGGAAGAAGAGAUGGAGUUCGAGAAAUCAGCAACAACAAUUCGGUUCCUCUGAGGUACACAUGGAUAUACUUUCUUCGCCACAAGUUUGAGGUGUUCCCAACAUUUAAGCUGCUUCAUGCUAUGAAUCAUGGAAUACAAGUGCAACAAAGUUGUCUAGAUACUCCUCAGCAGAAUGGUGUGGUCGAGUGCAAGAAUGGACAUAUCCUUAGUGUUGUGAGGACAUUAUUGCAGGAGUUUUCAUACUCCACCUUCUUUUUGGGUAGAGGCAGCUAGUACAACUAUGUUUUUGAUCAACUAUAUUCCUUCCUCUAUCUUGAUAAAAUAUUCACACUUUGGCUUGCUUCUACGAACCGAUUCUGUUAUGGUAUGUUGACCUAUGAUUAGCUGAUGAAGGGCUUACCUGAGAAGACUGUGGCUUCAAAAUUUCCUGCAGGAAGUUCAACUGUUCUUCAAAAUAGAGAUCUGGUUUCUACUAGUUCAGACCAAAAAAUUAGCGACACUACAUCCUCAAAGGGUUCUUUAUGGUCGAGCUUAUUUACAUCUCCAUCAUCACUCUUUGAAACAUACAGUGAAUCAUCUAUUUCUGUAAAGAAGACAUUUAACAGUAAAACCUAUGGGUGGACAACAGCUUUGAAGAAAGUUUUGACUGUUGGCUCAAUGAGGAGACUUCAAGAGCGUAUAUUAGGACCAAGCAAGACUGGUGUUUCUAGCUCAACUAGUGAAAUAUGGCUUCUAGGUGUAUGUUAUAAAGUUUCAGAAGAAGACUCUUCUGGCAAUUUAGUUAAUGGCAAUGGAUUGGUUGCAUUUACAGAGGAUUUCUCAUCAAGAAUAUGGAUGACAUAUCGUAAAGGAUUUGAUGUUAUUGAUUCAAAGUUCACCAGUGAUGUCAACUGGGGGUGCAUGCUUAGAAGCAGUCAGAUGCUUGUUGCCCAGGCAUUGCUUGUUCAUUGUUUGGGAAGAUCUUGGAGAAAACCCUUGCAGCCACCUUUUGAUCCGGAGUACAUUGAAAUCUUGCACCUUUUUGGUGACUCUGAGGCAUCAGCUUUCUCCAUACACAAUCUUCUUCAAGCUGGAAAAGCUUAUGGACUUGCUGCAGGUUCAUGGAUAGGACCAUAUGCCAUGUGUCGUUCAUGGGAAACCCUUGUUCGUUCUAAGAGAGAGCAGACAAACCUUGAAAUAGAGAACCAGUCACUAUCCAUGGCUGUUUAUAUAGUUUCUGGUGAUGAAGAUGGAGAGCGAGGUGGAGCUCCAGUUGUCUGUGUGGAAGAUGUUGCUAGACUUUGUUCCGAGUUUUCUAAGGGUCAAGUUGAUUGGGCACCUAUUCUUCUAUUGGUUCCAUUGGUUCUUGGACUGGAAAAAGUCAAUCCCAGAUACAUUCCAUUGUUGUGGGCGACAUUCACUUUUCCUCAAAGUCUUGGCAUCUUAGGCGGGAAAUCUGGGGUUUCAACUUACAUUGUUGGCAUGCAAGAUGACAAAGCGUUCUAUCUUGAUCCACAUGAUGUUCAAGCGGUGGUUGAUAUCAGGGGGAAUGAUCUAGAAGCUGAUACUUCCUCCUACCAUUGCAGUGUCAUAAGGCAUCUUCCCCUUGACAUGAUUGAUCCAUCCUUGGCAAUUGGAUUUUUUUGUCAAAACAAAGAUGAUUUUAAUGAUUUCUGUGUUCGAGCUUCAAAACUUGCAGAUGAAUCAAAUGGUGCUCCCUUAUUCACGGUUGCGCAAUCCCAUAGUCCAACAAAACCCAUUAACCAUGAGGAUGUGAUGGUCAAUAGAGGUGAAAUCCAAGGGGAUGAUGCCAUUGUACUCGGAAACCCUCCUAGUGAUUCAGAGGCCCAAUCACAUGAUGAUGACUGGCAACUCCUUUGAUCAAAGCCAAGGUGUGGAUAUUGGUCAAGGAACAUCCGGGAGCCAGUCCCAUGGUUUGUCUCUCCAACUUGUAUCUCAUCAUAUUUCCUUGUGGGUCUGCUUGGGAAGUGUACAUGUAUAAAGUAUUACUCCAUAAUUUAUUGAUAUUGAUGUUAUUGCCUUAGCUGAAAGGCAUCAUUAUUCUUUUGCUGCUUAUCUUCUGGUUCAGUUGUAGUUCUCUCUGUUAAUUUUACUUGCGAAUAAAGUAUAUUUGAGCACCA